ACUUCAAACAGCCUCAUUGUCGUUUCAUGGAGAUGUUAAAGGAGUGUUUUUGGAGGUUUUUAGAGGCCCUCCUUCAGGGUCUCUGCAGACCGGACCGCCAUCACAGCCAAAAGCAGCAGAGUGUUACAUUCUUAGAGGAGUGCAGUUCAUUUGGAUGGCAUUGAUAUCACGCCCUACAUUCCUGCACACACUCUUAUUGUUGUGUUUGCACAGACAGCCCAUGUGCUGCUGUGUCGGAUCUGAACUUCCUCGUCCUGCAGAAGAAGGAGGAUAGAGGCGUGACGUCGCUGCCCGCAGAGAGGCCCGGACACGGCGGGGAGGAGAGAGGCAGGGACGGACGGACGCUGCUGCAGAGAGCCAGGGCCACAAACAACCGGGGACAGGGGGGGAACUUUGCAGAGACGCUCCACAGCCAUAAUGCGGCACCGACCCCGGAGCUGAUGUGACUGCAGACGCAGGGAGGAAGCGGCGGACACCACCAACACCUCACCCCGGCUGCCUCGCCUCGCAGGUCGGUCUGUCUGCAGGAGGAGGAGGAGGAGGGUGGGGGGUGACAGGGACAUGUCCUCUCUAACCGUGGAGGAGGACCAGAAAUGGGUACCGACACACGUCCAGGUGACGGUGCUAAGAGGCAGGGGCUUACGAGGCAAGGGCAAACACGGCACCAGCGACGUGUACACCAUCAUCCAGGUCGGGAAGGAGAAGUACUCCACCGGCGUGGCGGAGAAGACCACGGAGCCCGAGUGGAGGGAGGAGUGCUCGUUCGAGCUGCAGCCCGGCGUGCUGCAGAGCUAUCCGGCCGGGAGCAACGAGCUGGUCCUCACCGUCAUGCACCGAGCUCUCAUCGGGCUGGAUGUGUUCCUGGGGCAGGCUGUGGUCCAGCUCGAUAAGGUCUUCAGUGAGACCAGAUGCGUGAAAAACGAAUGGUACAGGCUCAACUCUAAGACGGGGAAGAAGGAGAAGGAGCGAGGAGAGAUCCAGGUGACCGUCCAGUUCACCCGAAACAACCUGACAGCCAGCAUGUACGACCUCGUCAUGAAGGACAAGAGCGCCUCCACCUUCGGCAAGCUGAAGGAGCGCAUGAGAGGGAAGAGGAGAUCCAGCGACGAUGACUCCUCCUCGGCCGUCGUGCCCAGUGGUUACGGGUCUCUUCACAAGAUGAGGCAACGACUGCCGAGCGACGGGGGCGGGGAGGAGGAUUACGAGGACGACGAGGGGGGAGAGGUCCGGCGGAGCAAGAUGAGGACCUUUUUCUUAAGAGGGAAGCUGAGGAAGUCAUCGGACACUCGGUCCAGCACAUCACUGGGGUCAGAAAGCAGUGAGUCCUCGUCACGAGGGGGGAGUCUUAGCCCGACAGCCGGGAUCAGUGUGGUGGUCUCUGAUCUCUCCAACUCGCCAAGUAACAGCAGCAACCUGACUGUUGACAGCCCAGAUCACACGGCAGACACUUCGCCCAAGCUGUCCCCUCUCAGAUCCGAGUAUGGUGAUGAGGCCGGUGAGAUCACCAUCGCAGUGCCUCUGCCGACUGUGUGCGUUAACGGAAGCCAUGCUUACGACAUCCAGCCCCCGGACCCGGGCUCAGGAAAACCUGUAGAUUUUUUUGACCUGAGGCUGUUGCAGAAGUCUUUGCCUCUGUCCGUGUCUCUGCAGAACCUCAGCCCACACACAUCUUCAGCCCUCCCCAAAGGCCCCGCAGGAGACAGGCGCCGCUGGUCUUUCGACAAGCCGGACGAGGAGGAGAAGGCGGCCAUCGCGGCGGCUCUGGAGAAAAGCGGCCCCAUGCUGGGUGAUGAGGAGGAGCCGUUGGAACAGGCUGCUCUGCACAAAGAUGCUGCAUCCUCCGCCUCUGCCUCCUCCUCCACGGCGGAGUUGGAGAGCCAGGGGAAAAAGCAGAGGAGGAACUUGUUCUCCCACGGGAGGAGUGAGUCUGCAGGGAAAGGGCAGAGUCAGUCUAAGGAUGAGUCUGAACAAGCCCCCGCUGCCACUGAGGAGAAACACAGGGGAUGGUUCGGAUCAAAGGACUCUAACUGCAAACCAAGCCUGGUGGUGUCCCCUAAACUAGAGCCCAGCACUCACCCCCAACCACCUCCCCUCCCCACUAAACAGCACCCCCCAGGUCCCCCUGUAGAUCCUACAUCCGUGGUAUCCCCACUGCAUCACACUAACCCCUUCUGUCGCUCACAGUCCACAUCACCUCCCAUGUCCCCCUGCAACCCUUUCUUUCCUCACGUGCAGCACAACCCUUUCUUUGAAGACAUUCUAACCGCUCAGCCCCUAAAACCCUCGCUGCCUCCUCUGCCCUAUCUUUCCAGUUCCAGGCCCCCUAUAAGUCAACUUUUCCCUCACAGCGCUCCAACCGCAGAGGUCUCCAUCGCUGGCUCAGACCCAGAGAGGAGAGCGAAAGUUGAGAAACGACCUCUUCCCCCCGUACCAACAGAAGGGGAGAAACCUUUUAGCAAGAAGUCAGCCAACCCUUUUACGACUGCAGGAGAGCAGGACUCAGAGUGGGACGAAUCCUUUGAAGCGUUUGCAGCUGGCAGGCUGCAGUCUCCUGAGGAUCUGACCACAGAUUGCAAAACACAGCAAAACACUCCCAGUGACCAUCCACUGGAACACUGCAAUAAUAAAGGAGCAUCGCUUCCAGUAAGCACUGCUGAUCAGAACACAAAUGUGAAUGAAGCGCUGCAUCAUCAGCCUUGCACAGACUUUAUAUUCCAAGCACAAAAGUCCAUCAGCCAGGUGGCCAACCCUAACCCUAACCCUAACCCUAACACUAACACUAACACUAACACACAUCACUUUGACACAUUUGCACAAUUCCUCGAGACUAUCCCUGAGCACACGAGCUUCGAGAACGAGAACUUAACUUUAAAUCUUGCUGCUUGCACUGACACUAAUCAAGCUAACAGUGCGUCCAACACACCCGAUACAGCCGACACUAACAUGCACCAAACACUGUCAUCAGUAAAACUCAACAGCAGCUCCCCAGAUCCCGGCUCCUCGGGUCUGGGCAGUUUGGCAGAAGAGGAUUUCCUCUCCUGCCUCUCUUCCUAUUCAGACAAAUUCUCUGCGUCGUCCUCAGAGGAAACUGAGGCGCAGAACUUUGAGGGCAGCAUCCUCAGCUUUGACAAAUCCCCUGAGACCGCUGCGGUCGAGCGUUUGAGGCCCUCGGAGUCUGAAGAUGAUUUCCCCGACAGUUCAGGGGAUCUGUCUUUUGUUGGGUUUGCUCAGAACACCGUUAUCCAAGACAAGGAUGGAGACAUGUUUGGUUUUGAGGAGUCAUUGGAAUCACAGCCUGUGAUUCCUCCGAGAGAGACAGGAAUGAAGCGUGACGAUACUGGAGUACCAAGACUUGCAGAGCGUCAGCCAAACUCCAUCGUCUCUCUACAGUCCAGUGGUGAUGAAAUGGCAGAGACCAGAUUGGAAAACCAGGCUGCUGCUGUACCAAGACUCCCUGUACUGCUACCAACAUCCAAUGUCUCUUUACAGUCUGAAGAUUAUGAUGUAAUGGUUGAUAUGAAGGAUUCACUGUCCCCAGAGUUGAUGCAUCAACAGCCUGAAGUCGCUGCAAGAGAGACGGGACCUGGAGGCCUUUCAGAGCUCUCAGAACCAGCCAUAACACCCAACAUCUCUCUACAGUCUGAUGAUAAACAUGUAGAGGAAGGUGAAUUCGAUGCAAUGACCCCCAAGACUCCAGAUCGCCCAACACCACCAUCGUUACACAUCAUCACCUCCUCUCCUGACCCAAGCUCUUCAGACCCGCCCAUCGACAACGCCUCUUUGGAAGGCCGGGAUACUCAUCAGCAAUCUCUGGUACCCUUUGAGCUUUUAGGUGAUUUCCUCGACACCACUAACUUAACAUCGAGUCCAAGUCGAGGCGUUGACGACACACUUCUGCACACUUCACACACUUCUGAUAAGAGCAACAGCAGCUUCUUCCAAAGCCUUUACGUCAGCACCGACUCGCAGGCUUACCAAACCUGUGUGUCUGAGCAGUCCUCCAAGUGCUACAGCGGGUCAGAUGCAAACGAGACUCUGAACUCUGCAAACUUAACAAUUGUUGGAGAACUGAGUGCUGGAGCUUCUUUUCAACAAGAUGAUUCAACCAAUGCAUUCAAGCUCACGAGUGAAGAAAGCAGCCAGAAGAACCAACUUGGAGAACCCUUCCAAUCCAAGACGGCAACUCUUGAACCAGCUUCUUCACAAGGGAAUGACUUUCUCUCUGCAGCAUCAAACUGUAACACCAGCAGUGAUCCAAGGAAGCUCGCUCUGUCUGAUAAGAACCCAAGCAUUGACUCGCAGGCUUACCAAACCUGCGUGUCUGAGCAGUCCUCAAAGUGCUACAGCAGGUCGGGGUCAAACGAGAUUCUGAACUCUGCAAACUUAACAAUCGUUGGGGAACUGAGUGGAAGUAAAACGACUGCUGGAGCUUCUUCUCAACAAUAUGAGUCUACCAACGCAUUCAAGCCAACUAGUGAAGGAAUCUGCCAGAAGGACCAACUUGGAGAAUCCUUCAGUGGAGCUGAGGACAAGACGGCAACUCUUGAGCCAGCUUCUACAAAAGGGAAUGACUUUAUCUCUGCAGCAUUAAACUUGAACACCAGCAGUGAUCCAAGGAAGCUCACUCUGUCUGAUAAGAACCCAAGCAUUGACUCACAGGCUUACCAAACCUGCGUGUCAGAGCAGUCCUCAAAGUGCUACAGCGGGUCAGGGUCGAACGAGACUCUGAAUUCUGCAAACUUAACAAUCAUUGGAGAACUGGGUGCUGGAGCUUCUUUUCAACAAGAUGAUUCAACCAAUGCAUGCAAGCCAAUGAGUGAAGGAAUCUGCCAGAAGGACCCACUUGGAGAAUCCUACCAAUCCAAGAUGGCAACUCUUGAGCCAGCCUCUACGGAAGGGAUUGACUCUGGUUUGGGAAUUCUCUCUGCAGCAUCAAACUCUGACACCAGCAAUGAUCCAAAGCAGCUCACUCUGCUCUCUGAUAAGAACCCAUGCAUCGACUCACAGGCUCACCAAACCUGUGUGUCUGACAAGCCCUACGAACUCUCCAGUGGAUCAGAGCCAAACAAGACUCCAAACUCUGCAGACUUCACGCUCUGGGGAGAGCUGAGUGGGAGUCAUGUGACUGCUGGAGUUCCUUUAGAUGAAGAUGAAGAUGAAUCAAACAACACAAUAAAUGAAGGAUCCAUCGAAGAAGCUGAGGACAAGGCGUCAACUCCCGUGCCAACAAGAGACGACUUUGGUUGGGAAAUUCUCUCCUCUUAUCCAAAGCAGCUCAGCGAAGGAGGUUCAGACGGUCAGGAAGUCGUCUCAUGCUCGACCUGCCCUCAGGAGCAAGGUGCCACGCUUCAUCGCUGCCACUCUGAGGGCACCCUGACUCCUGCCUUUGAACAACUCCUCCUGCCCUCCUUUGGGAGUGACCCUGGAGCGAUACAAGAGUCCUCUGCAGCUCAGCCCCCUCCCGAUCUCUCCUCUCUGACCUCCUUCCCUUCCUCUUUAACCUCUGACCGCAGUACCUCCCCUGUAGCGCUCUCUUUCCUCCCUUCCUUUGCCAACGCUACGGCAAGUUCAUCUGCGGCGCAGGAGCCAAUGCUUCAGGGGACCAAUCAGCAGCGGCAGGCGACGGGCGACCGGGAGGAGAACAGUCCCCACCCUGUGAAGCCCCUGACCACUGCCAUACAGGCUGAGGAGAAGCGGACUGAGGGCCGGUCAGUGCUGGCCACCGGCUUGGAGAAGCUCAAGUCCACCAUCCACCCGGGGAGGAGCAGCCAGGUCAGCGAGCCGGAGACGGAGAGGAGGAAGUCUCUGACAGAAGGUGCGGGCUCGUACUACCACCUCAACCACAGUGAACUGGUUGCCCUGCUGGUGCAGCGGGAGGCGGAUCUGGAGAGGCAGAAGGCGGUGUAUGAGCGACAGAAACUCCUCCUGGCGAAGCGCGAGGUGGAGCUGAGGAAGCUGAAGCCCCAGGUCAAAGAUCUGGAGGACUACAUAGACACGUUGCUGGUGCGCAUCAUGGAGCAGAAACCCACGCUCCUGCAAGUGCGGUCCAAGUUAAAGUGACGAACGGGGAGGGAAGGGUUUGCAGUUCAGUCCGCAUCUGUUCACUCUAACCUCCACAACAGCUCUUUAGUCUUUUCACUGCUAUGCUGUCCUUUUUGAUACGAAUAUCUAGGCACUGAGAGACGUCGAGGAGAUGUUUUCAGCCGGCAUGCUUUACUGUGCUGAGACUCGUCCUCGUCGAAGGGUUCGGUUUCUGAAUGUAGCGGGUCCUCAGGUUGUUUUCAGGUUCACACAGAAGGUUGGUUUUUAGUUCACAGAGGAGAGAAAAACCCAGACGCUUCCACACUGGGGCCCUGAUGGUCGAAAAGUGGAGUCCUCCUUUUCACCUCACCGUUCACUUCUAUCACCUUAUCACAAAAAAAGAGAGAGAUGGUGGAGUUUCAGUCCAUGACAGUGAACACCCUAAAGGUGUUUUAGUCCUGUAGGUAGAGAGGAGUGGACAGCAUCGCCUGUUUCAGCUCACUAGCCACAAAUUACAUUUCCUUUAAAAUCAAUUGUGGCCAUUUGUUUCGCAUAUCCCAAGAACUAGAUAGAUUUUAUACCUUCAAGGCAAACGGAUGCUUCACUUCACUUCACUGCUCAAUGAAAAUCUACUUGCAGAUACUUGAAACCUGCUUCAGACAACAAUCUGCCAAAGUGAACCUUUGUUUUCAUUUCAUGGCGGCGGCGUGAGGAGAGGAAUGCAGCGACCAUGCACCGCAGAAACAUCUCUUUAUCUCAGAUAUAAGAUUUAAUUUACAUAAGGAGUUCACUCAAAAGCUUUUUUAGGAUUCUGCACCUUUUUCUUUUUUAAUUUUCUCACAUUUGAGGAUUAUUUUUAAAGUUGUGAGAGCAGCUGAUGUUUUCAGAUUGCCUGUCAUGCCAAACCAAGAAUCCAAAUCCAGAAACAUUCAGUUUUCACUCUAAUGUUACAGAAUAGAAGAUGCUAAUCAGCCAAAUUUUGAAAGCUGUUUUUAGCAAUAAGUUGUCAAUCAAAACAGAAAACUUGUCGAUAGAAUUUACAAACUGACGCAUCUGAAAUUAGUUCUUAGAAACUCAGUGUAAAUGUGUGAAUCUGGUUCUUUCUGGCAGCGUCUUCAGGCUGUUUCAGAUUUGGUUGCGUUCAAGAUCUGCUCAUAACUCCUCUCACACACAACGUUUACACAUCACUGACAACAUAAUAAACAAAUAAACAAAGGCGGUUCACAGCAGUGGAUCUCAAGUAUGCUUCAAGUUUCUGCAGGUGUUUUUUCUUUGGUUCAAGGAGCAUGUCCACAUUUCAGGAAGCACCUUUAUUUGUCUAACUCUGCAGAGCUGGAUAUGAAAGUUGGUAUCCUUUUCAUGCCUGUAAAGUGAUUAUACAGGAAGGUAUUAGCCUGGUUUAGCACUAGAGGAAGGAGGGAACAGCUAGCCUGGCUUAAUCUAAAGAUCUCAAGAUUUGAUAUUAAAUUUAAGCGGAAAUAGGACCGUAAUUAGGAGGAGGUUUGGCUUUAUGGAUCGGUAAUUGGACCUCAUCCUGUUGAGGCUUGAUUGAUCCACAUCACAUCACAGAAAUCUCUCAGCUUAGCACUUUAUACCAUCAACUAUACAUAAAUAUGGACGACACGUCUCCUUCUGUGGUACAAAAAUGAAGCCAAAACCCUGCUGAGGGCGCUGACAUGUUCUGCAGGUGACAGAGCUGUCCAUCAUGACAUCACAUCCUCUCUUUUUAGCCCCAUUAGCAAUAAAGAUCUUGAUUUGGCGUGUCUUAUUGAUUUUCUAGUUUGACUCAUGUCCCAUCUGUUAGCAUGAAGGAGGCGGAGUUUAUGACCUAUACUGGAGCUAAUCAGAAGUGGGAACAGUGUGGUUUAUGAGAUGUGCGCCAUUUUUUAAUCACUGGGCGCAGACAGGCUAGCUGUUUCCAUUCGUUACCAGUCUUUAUGCUAAGCCAAACUAAGCUAACAGCCUCCAGUCUCAAGAUGCACAUUAUUCCAUCGUGCUCUCCUUUUCUAAAUUGCGUGAAGUGUGUUCCCUGAAACGUCGAUCUGUUGUGUAACUUUAAAUAUCUGAACCCAGCGGCUGCUCAGAGGAAAGCGUGUCGGGGGAAAUCAUCCUCCUCUUCACACUUUAAAAGGUUUCCCUGUCGAUGACUCCGACCUCUUUUUACCGACAUCCCUUUUCCACACGGCGUGUCCGUUGUCGUGGAUUGAAACUCCACAUGUUCCCUAAUGUAUAUCGAGUGCUCUGACUAGUUAUCGAAAAACUCCAAACCAAACGAGCAGUGUGUGUGUGUGUGUGUGUGUGUGUGAGCUCUGCCUCGUCUGCCGCACAUCACUGGGAACUGACUGUAGCUGCUGAAUAUUCAAAAGUGUUCUUAGCCAGCAAGUGAAUGGUUUCAUUUUCUACGAGCGAUGACUGCUGUUUUUAUCUUUCUGCUUCUUCCUUCCUUCUUUUUUUCUCCCUCCCUCUUUUUUUCUCCGUUCAAUGGGCAUGUCUUGAAAUUACCCAUAAUGCUCAGCCUAAUAAGCUAACUGAUUCUUGUAUGGGUCACGGUGUUAUCAGGUGAAGACAGGUAUCACUCAGUGUCAGGAUCAGUGCAUCACAGCUCCUCUGAUCUCAUGCUUCUGCCUUCCCUCAGCGUGUGUUAUCACCACCACGGCGGCUCCUGUGUGGAGAAACAUGCCUGCGACGUGCCGGUACUUGACUCCCCCCUCCUCUCUGUGUUUGUGUGUCACAUCCGCUUCAGCUCGAGCACGCAUAUCGCUACUGCUUUUCAGGUGUUACAAAGGGAUAUAUACCGCAUUUUACAGCAUAUAUGCCGUAUUGAAAUGCCAAAUGCUGCCUUAUUUUUGUUUUGGUUUGACGUCCAGUAAAAAAAAUCUAGCACUUCAUUUCCCUUCUUAAGGCUAUGGGGGAGAUUUUGAGAAAGACAAAAGCCAUCUGUUCACUUUUCUUACACUUCUUUUCAUGCUUUAUUACAAUAUCCUUUAGCUCACUGCACAGGCAUAACGUGUAUGCAUACCAAUAGAAAAUGAGCAGUCAUGCCAAAAAGAAAGAAGCCUUGAAACUUAAUCUCUGGAGCAGAUUGAUACACCUUAAAGUAUUCUGAUAUGAAGCCACUUGUAACAGCAUUCGUGGAUGUUCUUGCACUACCUACCUUGUCAGAACAUAGCCCUACUGUAUCCGUCUGUCCAUAGCGGUAUAGUUAGAUCUACUUUACACCGUACUGCACUUUUAAUCGCUCUGUGACUUAAGCACUUGGCCUCUCCUCUGACACAACAACAGCGAUUUGCCAGUGAGCUUUGAAGCAUACAAAAUAAAUAAAACACAUCCUGAAACAGUCUCGUCUUCUCAGUUCUGCUGUUCGAUCGCAAUACAAAGUGCAUAGACGACUGUAGAGACGUAUUUUAAAUGUGACUCGGCACUUAAGAAUAAACGUCCUCUUCCAUGUCUUCCAUUUUAAACUCUCUUUUCUUUUAUUUAAGUUUAAACUGAUUGUAUUUUGUCCUCGAUUGUGUAGCCGGUGGAAUGUGCUCAAGGUAGUAUGUAAGAUUGGAAAGUUUACAAUUCGUGAUGCAAUUCUGUUUCACAAAUUUUGUAUAUUUAAUAAAGAAUAUUUUGUGUUUCUUGCUCACCGUA